AUGUCCGUCACUACUCCCGCCGGUGGAGCACUGGUGGGCACCUCCAUCGCUGCCACAGCCACUCUUGGCACCCUUGGCCCUGGCGCCUUAGCCGCCCUGGGCCUCCUGGGCGUCGUCGGCAUCGGUGUGGCGCUCAAGAAGAAGCUGUAUUAUGGAGGCUACGGUGAUGGAGGACACUAUGGUGGUGGAGGUUACGGUGCAGGCUACGGAGGUGGAGGAUAUUAUGACAGUGGAGGUUACGGAGGUGGAGGAUAUUAUAACAGUGGAGGCUACGGAGGUGGGGGACACCAUGGUGGAGGAGGAGGAGGUUAUGGAGGUGGAGGAGGCUACAAGGUUGUAGGAUAUUAUGACGGUGGAGGCUACGGAGGUGGAGGAGGCUACGGAGGUGAAGGACACCAUGGUGGUGGUGGUCACAAUGGUGGCGGUGGACACUAUGGUGGUGGAGGUCACAAUGGUGGCGGUGGAGGUCACAAUGGUGGCGGUGGAGGUCACAGUGGUGGUGGUGGAGACUCUGAAGAAAGCCAGGAAGCGGCGACGGUGAAGGCGGAGUUAGUGUUAACUGAGGACCCUCUGCGGUGUGCUCACCUGCUGCUGUGUGACCUGGCAGCGAGAUCGCCUGCACUCCUUCGUCCCGACGAGCUCUCCAUCCUUGCCUUCAUCAGGUUGGCAGCAGCUGGCACACGAGGCUCUUCCACGAUGAGGUUGUGGGUAAUGGCUUGCUACCUGGGGGUGGCACUGGUGGGUACCAACGUGGACUCCCAGUUAAUAUUGGAUGGCACCGGACUCGGCCUAUCCCUGGCUGGCCUCGGAACCACGGGGACUCUGGCUCUAGGCACCAACCCUCUAGUCGGACUUGGACUCGCGGGAGCUGUUUCUGGCGCAGCUGCUCUUGGCAUUCUUGGAGCAAUUAAAAUAGGUCUACUAGCGAAGUGUUACGGAGGCGCGGGUGUCGCCUGCACAAGCCGGAGCUGUCGUCGUCGAGGCCUUGGUCGUAAUCGCUGUGGUGGCAAACUUCGCAUCGGUUGUAUUAGAGGCAUCUUGGGGGGUGGAGGCUGUGCCCGAGGCUGUGGCAGGAGAGGAGGCUGUAGAGCAGUAGUCCAAACUGACGGAAACCCUGGUGGAAAUAUAACUGUUUACCCCAUGGCCAGCGGCGGAUAUGGUGGCAACAAUGGCGGUGGAAGCCAUCAUGGAGGAAGUUAUGGCAGUGGAAGCCAUCAUGGAGGAAGCUAUGGCAGUGGAAGCCAUCAUGGAGGAAGCUAUGGCAGUGGAAGCCAUCAUGGAGGAAGUUAUGGCAUUGGAAGCCAUCAUGGAGGAAGUUAUGGCAGUGGAAACCAUCAUGGAGGAAGCUAUGGCAGUGGAGGCAGCCAUGAAGUAAGCUAUGGCGGUGGAAGCCAUCAUGGAAGCUAUGGCGGUGGAGGCAGUCAUGGAGGAAGCUAUGGCGGUGGAAGCCAUCAUGGAAGCUAUGGCGGUGGAGGCAGUCAUGGAGGAAGCUAUGGCGGUGGAAGCCAUCAUGGAAGCUAUGGCGGUGGAAGCAAUCAUGGAGGAAGCUAUAGCAGUGGAAGCCAUCAUGGAGGAAGCUAUAGCAGUGGAAGCCAUUAUGAAGGAAGCUAUGGCAGUGGAAGCAGUCAUGGAGGAGGUUAUAUCGGAGGGUAUGGGAGUGGAGGAGGAGGUUAUAUGAAAGGGUAUGGAGGUGGAGGGGGAGGACAUGAUAAUGUUGCUAAUAACCAUGGCGGUGGAGGUCAACUCGAAGUUAGCAGCUAUAGUUCUAUUCAAAGCUCUGGUGGAAGUUAUAGGGGAAGUGGAUAUACAGCAGGAAUUGGAGUGAGUGGAAUCGGGGAAGCUAGCAGCUACAGCAGCAUCAAUAAUGAAUACGAACAGGUAAUCGCAGGAGGAGCUGGAUACAAAAGUGGAAUAGGGGGAGGAGGAGGAGGAAGAUUUAAAGGAGGAAUUAAGGGGAGUGUAGGUGCAUAUAAAAGCGGAAUUGGAGGGGGUGGAGUUAGCAGUUAUAAUGACAUCGAUAGCGAGGAAGAUGAUGAAAAUAAAGGGGCAAUUGGAGGGGCUGGAGAUAUGUAUAAAAGCGGAGUUGGAGGGGGUGCAGUUGGAUAUAAAGGUGGAAUUGGAGGAUAUGGAGUCAGCGGAGUUGGCAGUUAUGACAUCAAAAGCGAAGAUGACGAAAGUAAAGAAGCCAUUGGAGGGGCUGCGGGUGGGUACAAAAUCGGAAUUGGAGGGAGUGCAGUUAGUGAAAUUAGCAGCUAUGAUGACAUCAGUAGCGAGGAAGAAGACGAAAGUGGAUCUGCAGGAGUGUACGUCGCCAGCUAUGGCAACAUUGGAAGUGAUAAAGGAAGCAGAUACAGAGGUGGUGGAGGAAGCUACGGCUACCGGAGGAGGAGAAGAAGCAUCCUUAGCCGAAAUUCGCUGGACAUCCCCACCAACACUGAGAAAGCGCUCCCGGACGAUUCAUACUUCAUACAGGCAAGGUCAGCCGACCAUUCUAAAUGUGGUCAGCGACUAGUGUGUGAACUGGCCGCUAGAGCUGGCCUUGGACUCCAGCCUGAUGAACACACGAUUCUAGAAAUCCUCAAAGAAAAAGCAGAGGAUGGACAGAAGAGCGGAGCGCGGGCUCUCUACCAGACGGCCAUGGAACAAGGGUACAGCGGGACUUCGUGCAAGGAAACCUAUGCCUCCUGUCCCUUCACCAGCCAGCAGAUGAUGGCAGUGGUCCGCACAGUUGGAUAAACAUUCAGUCUAAAACACUUCUGAAGUAGGAAUACUAA